GCUCCAGGGAUUUAUAGAUACAAUGCCCCAGACAUAUGAGAACCAGAUGACAUUGGCAGAUCCCAGUAUGGCGGCGUCUUGGUCAGUCCUGGGUCUUCCUCAGACGACGCAGCUGAGUUUUGGUCCGGCGAUAGACCCCGUCAAGCUGGAAGAGGCCCGGAUGCUUUUCAACGCGAUGGACUACAGCAGAGCUACAGGGCAGGAUGAGGACGGAGACACCAUCCUGCACAUCUACACUGCCAAGGGGCUCAGGGAGUGUGCCUAUGCUGCUGCAGAGAGGCUGAGGGAUGUAGGCAGGCUCGAUGCCAAAGAGCACAAGGGAAAGACUGCUUUACUGGUGGCGGUGACGGCCAACCAGCCAGAGAUCGUGCAAGAUCUGCUCUCAUUUGGAUCGGACAUCAAUGCAUGUGAUGUCAAAGGACAGACUGCCCUUCACCUGGCUGCCCACUACGGUUUACCUGGGGUUCUACAGGCGAUUCUGUCAAGCAGGCCGUCUGUGAACCUGGAGGCUCGCAAUUUUGAUGGUAUGACUCCUCUGCACUGCGCAGCCAUUUCUCACAGUGCCUCUGUGAAGGCAUUCCCAAGCAUCGGGCUGGUAGAUGUUGGUCUUCAGACCGUGGCUGAUGAGAAACUCUCCUGUGUGAAGAUGCUCCUCGAGGCAGGGGCUUCCCUGCUCAGCCAGGAAAUCAAAAGCAACAAGACUGUGCUGCACUUGGCUGUAAAGGAGGGAAACAUUGAUCUGGUGACUUAUCUGCUGAGGAUUUCCCUGCCAAACAUGAAAGACUUUGUCAACUUGAAAGCGCAUGGCCACACAGCACUACACAUGGCAGCUGGUCUCCAUGGUAACCCCCACCAGGAGGAUAUUCUGCAGCUGCUGCUGCGCAGAGGAGCUGAUCCCAGCAUCCGCAACCUGGAGAACGACCAGCCAGCCCACCUGCUGCAGAUCGGGCCCAGGGGAGAGAACCUCAAGCUCAUGCUGAAGAAACGAAGUGCUUCGUCUCGUCGACGCAUUGUGUCCUUGCAGGACCAGGAAUGAUAAGAAAAACAUGUGAUCCUCCUUUGGAGGGAAUGAGAAGUUACCUCUGUUAAGAAGGGGAUUUAAAGUUUAUUAUUAA